AUGGCCACUCUGGGCCUCAAUCCUGCCGAGUACCCAUCAGAGGUCAGACCGCAGGAUGAUGGCAUGAAGUACCAUGACAGCCCACACCAAGGCAUGGAAUUUGAUUCGCGAGACCGUCCAUGGGCAGCUCAACAAGGCGGCGGCUACUGGCAGGAGCAGUGGAGGCCUGACGGCGGAGAGUAUGGCUUUGCAGGACAAGGCACAGGUGGAAGUGACUGGACAUCCGGAUGGCAGAUGCCGAUGGCCAUGAACGAUGGGUGGCAGAGGAACCGAAACGGUGCCACCAAGUCCAAGCGGCGCUUUUGCACCUCGUAUCCAGAUGUCAGUCAGUGUCGCCGCGGCGCAGGCUGCGCCUUUGCACACUCCCGCGAGGAGAUAGGUGUCCCGCUUCUGUCCAUCGCUGAGGAGAACCAGGAGCCACAUGCCUUGACGGAUGACUUCUUCAUGUACAAGUACAAGAUGAGCUGGUGUCCAAUCGGCGUGCAGCACGAGUGGCAUACUUGCGUCUAUGCGCACAACUACCAGGAUGCGCGACGCCCCGCCACCAUCGGGUACGGAGCCAGGCUCUGCCCAUACUGGAGCAAGAAGGACACCGGCGCCGAGUACUCCCAGCGCUGUCCUCUUGGCCUCCGUUGCCCCUACUCGCAUGGUGCCAAGGAGCAGCUCUAUCACCCUCACUACUUUAAAACCGUCGUGUGCCGAGACCUUCGCGGGAAGGCAUGUCCCCGACACAAGCUUUGUGCUUUCUACCACCAUCGCCAUGAGCGUCGAACGACUCCGGUUGAUGACGUCGACUACGCAAAGCCACUUCCGGUAGAGGCAUUGCCUGAAAGCUGGGUCACUGACUUUCUGUCCCCUCCGUUCCACGCUGAGUCAGGCAAACCCAGGAUGGAUGACCCCAAGGAGCGAACUAUGAUGCAGGCUCCCGGGCAGAUGGAUCAAGGCGGACAAUACGGGCAGAUGCAGUGCGGGCAGAUGCCUUUCUUCCCAAUGUUGCCCGGACAAAUGCGGAGCGGUGAGCGGGAGCUGGAGAACUCGCCUUCUCGUGCGCCCCAAUCGCAUGGCAUGUCUUCUGACAACAUGCUUCCGUGGGCUUUUGCGGCGUCCGAUGGUUCCAAUCGCCUAAGCAAUUGA